AUGAUAGCGGGAGCUCCGGCGUCUGGGAAGGGCACGCAGUGCGAGCUAAUCAAGGCCAAAUAUGGUCUGGUGCACAUUUCAGCUGGAGAUUUGUUAAGGGCAGAAAUCGCCACAGGCACCGACAAUGGGAAGCAGGCCAAGGAGUUUAUGGAGAAGGGACAGCUGGUUCCUGAUGAGAUCGUUGUUAAUAUGGUGAAGGGGCGUCUUCUGCAACCAGAUGCUCAGGAAAAGGGUUGGCUUUUGGAUGGUUACCCGAGAAGUUAUUCACAGGCAAUGGCACUGGAAACUCUUGGAAUCCGGCCUGACAUUUUCAUUCUAUUAGAUGUUCCCGAUGAACUUCUUGUUGAAAGGGUAGUUGGCAGACGGCUGGAUCCUGAAACUGGGAAAAUAUACCAUCUAAAGUAUUCUCCACCUGAGAAUGAAGAAAUUGCAUCCAGGCUUACACAAAGAUUUGAUGAUACAGAAGAAAAGCCUCCUGGUGGUGUCAGCCGUGCCCUUUGCAACCUGCAUACGUCAAGACUAGGGACCACAUUUUCUGGCUUUGCAGCUUCAGCUCUUCAUGCUGGAACAUUCUUGGUAUUUGUUUUGAUCUAUCUCAGUUUUCCUUGGAUGGGGUCACCUCCAGGAAUGAAGGAAGAGCUUGCCAUCCCUCUUAGAGCUUGGCUUCAUACCCUUGAGUAUACUCCUUAUGGAAGUUGUAUGCUCAUAGUGUGCAAGACCUUGCACCAAUGUUCCAGGAUGGUUAAGCUGAGGUUGCAGACUCAUUAUCAAAAUAUCGAGUCCUUGGUUUCGAUAUAUGAAGAUGUUAUAGUCAAGGUAAAUGGAAAUACCACGGUGGAAGAUGUAUUCGGUGAGAUCGAGAAGCUGCUCACUUCCAGCCUUGAUAAGAAAACAGAAAUGGUGGCUAGCUAA